AUGCCACUCCUUUCCCAUCACUCCCUUUUCCGUUUCACUCCCUCUCUCACGUCACUCUCGUUCUCCACCACUCCUCUUCCUUCCCAAUCUUCUCCUCCCGCCUUUGCUUGGCAUCGCAGCGACUUUCCAGGGAGCUACAGCGACCUCGCAGCCACCGGCGGAGACGAACGGAGCUACGACGACCUCGCAGCCACCGGCGGAGACGAACGGAGCUACGGCGACCUCGCAGCCACCGGCGGAGACGAACGGAGCUACGGCGACCUCGCAGCCACCGGCGGAGACGAAGGGAGCUACGGCGACCUCGCAGCCACCGGCGGAGACGAACGGAGCUACGGCGACCUCGCAGCCACCGGCGGAGACGAACGGAGCUACGGCGACCUCGCAGCCACCGGCGGAGACGAACGGAGCUACGGCGACCUCGCAGCCACCGGCGGAGACGAACGGAGCUACGGCGACCUCGCAGCCACCGGCGGAGACGAACGGAGCUACGGCGACCUCGCAGCCACCGGCGGAGACGAACGGAGCUACGGCGACCUCGCAGCCACCGGCGGAGACGAACGGAGCUACGGCGACCUCGCAGCCACCGACGGAGACGAACCUUUACAACAGCACACCUUGUCGUUCUAUCUGCAUAUUGUCCCUCUUGUCCUCCAAAGCCUCCUUGAUGCCUGCUUGCUCUCCACCAGUACCCAGCACUCCUUCACCCAUAUGCUGCUUCUUUACAUGCAUCGCCUCCUCCCUCCCACCCUCCCUCCCUCUCCUCAUCCACCGUGCAUCCACCAACCCACCAUGUGA